UUGGAAACAGGCCACUUUCUUCAGGUGAUCGGACUUAGAGCUAUCCUGAGGAAAGACCACAGCUGUUGGAGAAGAAACUUUUGUCUGGAGGUCUACACAGUUUGGAGUGAACAAGAUGGACACCAAUACCUCUCUCCUCAUGAACUUGUCUGCAGAGAGCCUGAUGAACGUGUCUGGGAGGACUCAGUCAGUAUCUGCCGGCUACGUGGUCCUGGAUGUCUUCUCAUAUUUGAUCCUCGCGGUCACCUUUGUACUUGGAGUACUGGGCAACGGGCUCGUGAUCUGGGUGGCUGGCUUCCGCAUGGUCCGCACAGUCACCACCAUCUCUUACUUAAACCUGGCCAUUGCUGACUUCUGCUUCACAUCCACGUUGCCAUUUUUAAUCGUCUCCAGAGCAAUGAGAGGACAAUGGCCAUUUGGUUGGUUCAUGUGCAAGUUCAUAUUUAGCGUGAUAGACAUAAACCUAUUCGGAAGUGUCUUCCUUAUUGCCGUCAUUGCACUGGACCGCUGCAUUUGUGUCCUUCAUCCAGUCUGGGCUCAGAAUCACCGGACGGUGAGCCUGGCCAAGAAGGUCAUCACUGGACCCUGGUUGUGUGCCUUUCUCCUUACCUUGCCAGUUAUCAUUCGUGUGACCACAGUCCCUGAUAAACUUGGACCAGGAAAAACAGCCUGCACUUUUGAUUUCUCCCCCUGGACCAAAGAUCUUGUAGAGAAACGGAAGGUGGACAUCACCAUGCAUACGAUCAGAGGAAUCAUCAGGUUUAUCAUUGGUUUCAGCAUGCCAAUGUCCAUCGUCGCCAUUUGCUAUGGGCUAAUUGCCACUAAAAUCCACAGGCAAGGCCUGAUCAAAUCCAGCCGUCCCCUGAGAGUUCUUUCUUUUGUUGUAGCUGCCUUUUUUCUAUGCUGGUGCCCAUUUCAGGUAGUAGCCCUCAUAUCCACAAUCAGAGUGCGUGAACGCUUAAGUGGUAUGCUUCAAGACAUCAAAAUUGCUGUGAAUGUCACAAGUUCCCUGGCUUUCUUCAACAGCUGCCUCAACCCAAUGGUCUAUGUCUUCAUGGGCCAAGACUUCAGAGAAAGACUAAUCCGCUCCCUGCCUGCCAGUCUAGAGAGGGCUCUUAGUGAGGACUCAGGCCAGACCAGUGACACAGGAACCAACUUGGGGACCAACUCCACUUUACCUUCUGAAAACAAUGUAAAUGCGAUGUGAAAAGGAUGUUUCAACUUCCAGCGUCAUUUGCUUUAAGUUCCGCUAUGUUAUAGGCAUUUCCUGUUGACUGCCAGGCUACAUACUCAUUGGGAAAACUUGAGAUAACUUUUUGGACUUUUGUGACUCAACCUAAGACGGCAAAUAAAACGAAUGGACAAAAAGAACAUGCAUUUUCUUGUUAGUUUGAGAUAGUUCCAAAUGGAAGCCAGGGCUAUAGUUUCUUACUAAUACCGCUAUUCACUUCUAGUCCAUUCAUAGGCUGUAAAACUCACAAAUUCUCAUAAGUGUCCCUUCAGUGGGUAAUAGGUAUAUGGUCCCUUUAGAAAAUGACAUAAGAAGGGAAAAGACUCCUAUCACUUGAGCUAUGAAAUUGUCUGAUCUCUUUUAUUGCAUUACUUGGUUUAUCUAUUGUCCCCAUGAGACCAGUGUUUUCGCUUGUGCCUCUCAGUGUGGUUGUAACCAAAUUAGUCCAGUUUGUAUAGUACAUGGCAUUUAAGGUACAUGCUCAAACAGGAAAUGAACCCAGCAUGGAACUCCAGUUUUUCUCCCAGGGGCAGUGGAUAAGUGCCACUCUAUGAUUCUCCCACACAUGCCAGUAUUUGUUGUUAUUUGAGUUCUUUUGAUUUUGACCAUUUUAACUAGAGCAAGAUGAAAUUGCAAAAUGGUUUUAAUUUGCCAUUUCCUGCUCAGUAAGGAUUUUGAGUAUUCAUCUAAAUAUUUUUCAACUAUUAGUAAUGCAUCCUUUGGAAAAUCGCUGUCUUUUUUAUUGCCUGU